AUGAUGAGUGCCGAUCCCCGCACUUCAGACAACCACGUCCUCCCCUCUCUCUCCUCCUUCCAGCACCCCUCCCAACCUUCUGCAACUUCUCCUUCUUCAACUACGCCGCCCUUGUCGCACGCUCCUUCCAAUGGCGCGGCCAAGGACAUUAACGCGCUUCGUGCGGCAGCACUCAAGAGCCGCAUAAAGAAGGGCAAGAUGAAGGCCAAGACAUCAAAGUCUCGGUCCGCAACUCCCGGGCAUGACCGCGAGGAAGGCGAGAUCAGUGACACCACCCCGUCGCCUAUCCUUUCCCCAUCAAACCCCAACGCGCCCAGACAAGUCGGCGAAACCUCAGUGAGGGCGUACACGCCAUCGUCCCCGGCGAUCACGAGAUCGACAGUCGUCACUUUAUCAUCCAGCCAGCCAGCCGCUUUCUCACAUGGACAAAUCUCCAGGGAAGAUGACGAGUACCUCAAAGUGCUGCGCAACCUGGUGGAUGACCUCGACGUGCCCCCAGAUCAGCUCGUUGCGGGAGGUGCACCAAUCCACCUCGUCCGGCGCGUCUGUGAAGAGAUGGUUGCUGAGAAGAAGUCGCGUGUCUCACUCGGCGCCGAUGACUCCAGACCCGACAUAUGGCAAAUGGCCCGGUCACCCAUGCGCGAGGGAAGCAAUACGCCUGGUGUUCCCGAUACUGGGACAUCGACGCGUGCUUCACGCGCCAACUCGUUGCGCAGCUCGAGUUCAGACGUUGAGGUCGUUGUGCACACCAAUGAGGCCGCCAACAGCGGCGCACUUAGUCCCAGUUCUGACAGCUCAAUGGAAGCCAUGGUGGAACGCAUGAGUAACAUUGUCAGAGGCAAGGGACGCAAGCGCCGUGACCUCGAUAGUGCUGCGUCGUUCCCGACGACGCUGGACUACGGCGACGACGGCGGAGAAAGUGACGUGCGGUCUGCACGCCCCCCCGAGCCUGCAGCCGCACCUCCCUCCCCUCCCCCAGUUCCCAUUGUGACGAUCCAACAACCUGUUGUCAUCCCUUCUCGUCACACCGCGCCUGUUCGAGCACCCUCACCGCCCUCGAUCCCACCACCUCCUGUUCCACCGCCUCCUCCGACACAAGCUGACGAACUUGCAGAAGCCCGUCGCCGUCUCCUCGCCUCCAUGCGCCUGAAGAAGACUGGCACCCCGACCUCCAACCCCUCCACACCCGUUCUUCCUUCACCCGCACCUGUUUCACGUAGGGCAACGCCUCCUGAGCUUCCAGUCAGCCAGCAGGAGGCCGCCGAGGCUCCCAUGGACUUGGACACGGAGUUGGAGGACGGUGAAAUCACAGACCCAGAAGAAGGCGAACUCGUCGACGAUGACAAAACCAAUCUGAGGACGGCGGCAUCUUCGGAAGUGUGGAACAUGCCUCUGGUCGCGGGGCCCAUCUUGUUCUCACGACCCCGAGAUGUAACUCCGACUGUCCUGCCCAUACAGGCUCCCACCCCCGCAGUUGUCCCCGUCCGCACAAACUCUCGAGGCAUCAAGCGCCCUCUGGCCGAGGACUUGAUGGACCAACCGUCUCGUCCACCCAGUGCGUCGCGACCCCGUCGCAAGAUAUUCUGCGUCACAGCGCAGCGACCGACUGCUCUGACUGUUCCGCUGGACGACCACCCAAGCGACAGCGAUGGAGAGGACGAGCUGCCGACCCCGGCCAUCCUCCCUCCAGUCAUCGUGAUCCCGCCUGAGUGGGAGACGAUCCAGAAGGAGGAGGAGAAAGCGCGCAAAAUUGCAGAGAAGGACGAGCACAUCCGCCGCCUCCGAGAGCGUAUCGCCGCGCUGGCGGAGAAGAAGAAGACAUGUUCGACACCGUCAACCCCAACUGGCGCUCUGACGCCCGCGACCGCCAGCAGCAUAACCGAAUGGGCCAUCAAGGAGGAGUUCAACCACUCCGCCAAAGCGUCAAUCUCAACAACGGCGCCUGCAAUAGACGCCGCGUGCCAUGACCUGCCCGUCGCAGUGGAAGACGAGGGCAUGGACAUAGAUGAGCCAGUAUCAAGUCACCUUGUCGAAGAAGGUAGUGUCGCAUUGCCUGCUCCCUAUCCUUACGCCAGCUACGACCAGCACGUCGGCGCAGACCUCGACCCUGAGUCGACACUCACUCUCGACUGGGGACGGAUGUCCUCGAUCAUACUGACGCACCGUCUGCAGCGUAACCCCGGCGUCGAACUCUGUCCAUUUGAGGCUGCUGGUGGCAGAUGCAGGGAUGCCACGUGCCAGCACGUGCAUCUUGGUCGAGCUGAGCCAACUGACGACGACCUUGUCGUCUACAUGUCACAGAUUCUCUCCCUUCAAGCUGGCCCCAUCUCUCAAGAAUUUGACCGGGCCGUCAUUGAAGAGGCCCUCAACGCGGCUCGGGCUGAAUUUACCAGCUCAAGCAAGACUGCCGAGACUCGAGGAGCUGAGACAACGAAGGAGGGGGUCAGGGCCGGGUCUGGCAGUGACUUGUCGCGGCUGCUGGACAUGACAGCUCGGCGGCUCAGAGCCAGGUGA